CUCGUAAAACAGACUGCUGGUCUAUCUCCAUCGCCCUUCAGAAUAUCAUAUUCCAUACCCGUCCACCACCGCUUUUCUGAGUCUGGCCCUUCAGGUUCAAAGAUGAACGCUUCCCUCGCGAUUGUAUUCAUCGUAGCUGCAGUCUUACCUUCCAUAGUCUACUCCGGUGUACCGAACGACCUAGUUUUUGGUCGGAUGUAUGGUGCACUUGGUAUCAAGCCCCCUUCGAUUGUGUUGCAAGAGUCCCGAAACCCAGGUCUGAUCAUUAAGAACAAGCACAUCGCAUGGAUAACCCAAUCGCUGGACACACCUGAUGGUAUAUAA